AAUUGUGUUUUAACAUAAUCAAUAUGUAUGAAAACAGUUUAAAUAUUUUUAUCAAUUUCGUGGAUAUAUAAUAUAAAUUAAAACAAACAAUUUGUUGUAAUAUUGCAUAUGACAUGUUAAUUUCUAAUUCAAAAUUUAUGUGAAUUAAAAAUACAAAUUUCAACGUAAAACUCAUGUUUAUAUUCACUAUAAUUUUUUCCUGCAAAAGUACAUUAAUUAACCGCCAAAAUUGAGAAUAAAAUGCGAAGGACUCAUUCAAAUUAUGCCUAUGAACCAUUACCAACUACAUCGAACGAUGCAGAGUUGGAAGAUGAGAAUGAAAGAAUGACAGAUCAUUUGAAAGACAAAAUUCAUGCCCUAAAGUCACUGUCGAUUGACAUUGGAAAUGAAGUGGAAUAUCAGGAUAAAAUGCUCCGUGGAAUGGAUGAAGAUGUUGAAAGGACAAGUGGUUCAUUAACAAACGCAGUUGCACGUGUAUUACGUUUAUCUAAAGGAAGUCAUACUUACUACAUCUUAUAUUUAAUGUUGUUUUCCAUAUUUGUCUUUUUCAUAUUAUGGGUAACAGUGAAAUUCUUUUAACUAGAACAUUGUAAUGUCAAAGGGGUAUUCAAAAACAGGAUUCAUUCCCAUGAAGUGUUUUAUUAUACACAUGUUUAUAAUAAUUUCCAAGUAUAACAUUUAAUAUUUGUGUAUAAGAAAUAACAUUUUAAACCUAUUUCAAUAAGCUGUACAGUUAAACUUUAGCCGAAUUCUAUGUAUAAAAAAUUUUAUCCUAAUAUUACAUUUACAUAUACAGGAUGUCAAAAAAUUAUUUGUCAUAGUUUUUGGAGGUGAUUUUUUUACCUUUGGAAAAGUGAAUAUCUGUUGGUUGUUGAAAACUAAUGGAAUUUUCACAUUUUUUUCAGACAAAUGGUUAAGUUGUGAUCCGUGGUUCCUAUGUGACUUUCGUUCUUCGUGAUGCAAUAAAAAAUGAAUUUAACCUUGAAAAUCAGGUUAAUUUUGCGGUUCACUUUUUUAACAGAUCUCCACCGACCCGAAAAUGUAGUCACCUUCCAAAACCAUGACAAAUAAUUUUUUGAUAUCUUGUACAUAAAUUAAAUAAUCUAUAAGAAUGAUCAAAAAUAUUUUUUAUGUUAAGAUAAAACGUAUAUAUAGGUGUAUACAUAUAUAUAUAUGUAUAUAUAUACAUAUUUAAAUUUUUUAAUGCGAAAUAAAGAUAAUUGUAUAUCCGAAA